AUGUCUGGACGUGGAAAGGGUGGCAAGGGCCUCGGGAAGGGUGGUGCUAAACGUCACCGCAAGAUUCUUCGUGACAACAUCCAGGGUAUCACUAAGCCAGCUAUUCGCCGUCUUGCCCGUCGUGGUGGUGUGAAGCGUAUCUCAGGUCUCAUCUACGAGGAAACCCGUGGUGUCCUCAAGAUUUUCUUGGAGAAUGUUAUCCGCGACUCUGUCACUUACACCGAACACGCUAAGCGUAAAACGGUCACUGCUCUUGAUGUCGUUUAUGCCCUGAAGCGGUCGGGGCGCACUCUAUACGGUUUCGGUGCAUGA